CGAGUUGUUCGCCCAGCCACACACAUAGAGAGAGCUUGUGGGAUCUUAUCUUAUUUGGGGAAACGUCUUCUGCGUUGCCACCAUGGCGAGCUACUCUCGCGUCCUGCUUCGGAUGCUCCCGCUGCGGCGUUGGCCUCUGCCCGGUCUAGGCCCCGUCUGGCUCAGUGAGCCGCAACCGGCGUGCAGGCUCCUGUGGCCGGCCAGCCCCAGCUUCGUGGACCGCGUGAUGGGCGACAUGGAGAGGCAAUUCCAAGAGAUGGAGAAGAUGAGCCGCGCCUUCUUCCAGGCUACGCCGCUGCCCUUUGGGGAGCGCGAAGGCCAGAAGGAAGCCUCGGAGGAGAACACCUGCCCGGCCGGGGAGAAAAACCAUUACCGCGUCUCGGUGGACGUGGCCGGCUUUACGCCCGAGGAGAUGACGGUGAACUUGGAGGGGAGGAAAGUGACGGUGACCGCCAAGCGCCAGAGGGAGAGCCGGAGCAAAGACAACGGCUUCUGGGUGGAGCAUCAAGAGUUGCGCCGGGAGACUCUCCUGCCUCCUGAUGUGGACCUUCAGGCCAUCAGUUGCUCGCUGAAUCCGGAUGGACAGCUGUGCAUCGAGGCCCCGCGCCUGGCCGAGUCCGAGUCCGCCCAACAAACCAUCCCCAUCGAUGUGAAACCAGCCAAUCCGAGUCCCGGCGGGGAGGACAAGCCCAAGGAACACUGAUGGUGUGGAUGUUCCUACCAGGCACUUAGAAUCGCCCUAUGAAAAUGAGCAGGCUCUCAAUUGCUAGCUUAGAAAAGUCUCUGCAGCCUUGACUCUCUUCUUUCCUUGUCUACAAUAAAGCCUCUUUCCAUUUACCCGUGGACGCAUUUCUGACUUGUGUUCUGUGGGUCCAGCACCAACUUAGGAUAAACUAAGAAUUCAGAGGAUGUGCUGAAAACAGACUGUAUAAAGGGAGUGGGUGGGAGGGAAAGGAGGUGGUGCUGUAUUGUACAAACAGCAGGUGGGAUUCUUAAAUGACGGUAAAGUAUGAUUGUGACUAAGUGUGAUGCUCUGUAUGACACAAAAGUGGACAUUGUAUUUUUUAAAAAGAAUAAACUUAUUUUUAUUUUAAAAAAAAUAA